UCUUGCAGCUUGUACCGCAGCGCGUUCGACGUUUUUAGGUUAGAAAACUUUGAAACGAUCUAACUUUGAUUGAAGAUUGUAAUUCAAACAAAAUGUUCUCUAUUUGCUAUGCUUAAACAAACAUGUGGUCAGAUUCAGAUGAAAGUUUUACAUGGACCAACGUUUCUAAUGCAAGCAGUAUUAGUGAUAUCGAAAGCAUGACACCUGUUAAACUUCAAAAUGGACAUAUGGGUUCACCAAAAAAAAAGUUAAACAGUAACUCAGAAGCUAUGGAGGAACUGACUGAGCCAGUUAUAGGUAAAAAACGGAAACUAACAAUGAGUACUGGAUCAGGCUCUGACGAAUACAACAGCCCUAAAAAGAAAGAGUGCUAUGAUAAUAACAAAAAGAUCAAAGAAAAAAUUAUUUUUGAAAAUUCAAAUGAUACAGACUAUUUGGACAUUAAAGUGAAAAAUGAAGAAUUAUCCACCUCGGAAACAUCUUACAGUAAAUCAAAGAAAAAUAAACGAAAAAAACACGAUGAUUCUGAAGAUUUUGAUGACAAGUUUUUGAAUUUACAAGUUAAACAAGAACAAAGUAAUCAGUUGGAAUCUGUAGUUAAUGACUCAAUGAAAAAGAAAAAGAAUAAACAAGAAAAAUUGGACAAGAAAAAUGAGUCUGAAGAUAUUGAUGAGCAUUCUUUACCCACUGUAGUGAAAGAUGAACCUGAGCUUUCUGAUUCUACUCUUGUUAGAAAGAAGAAGAAAAAGAGUAAAAGUAGUAUUACCUCAAAUUUUGACAGUCAUAUAGAAACUGAAAGUAAUAAUGAUGAUUAUUUUAAUAUUGUAGUAAAGAAAGAAGAAAAUACAUUUACAAAACCAAAAUCUAAAAAGAAAAGACAUAAUUCAGAUUAUCUUACAAAUACCAACCAAGCACAAGCUGAUAUGUCACUAAAAUCGGAUAUAGAAAGUACACCAAAAAAGAAGAAAAAUCGUAAAAGUGAAAGUUUCAAUACAGAGUCUGGAAGUGAAUCUGCACAAAAAUCAAAGGAAAAGAAGAACAAACAACUUGCAGACAAUGAAAGCAUUUUAGUCAACAGUGAAAAGGAUGUUGAACAACACACGACAUCUCAGACUAGUCACUUAGUAAAUAAUAGAUUCAAUGACAAACAACAAACACCAAUCAAAUCACACAAUAGGAAAAUUAAUUUUUGUUCUGAUACUACACUUGAUGAUGAUAGACAUGUAGAAAAAAAGACAGGCAGAAGAACAAGUAGUAACUCUAUUUCAGUAGAAAGUAUUCCUGCAGAGAAAGUUAAUGUUCCAAACUCAGCAAAUAAAUCUUCUCAAUUGAAUACAAAUACCAUAUCAAGGUAUACAGUCCGUGACGACAGUAGUUCUGAUAAUGAAGGUUCAAUUGAAAUUAAGCAAGCUCAUGUUGAAAGGGAACCUAACAAAAAUAGUCAAAGAAAGACAAUCAGCAGAGGUGAUAGUAUUUCAGAUCCGAGUAGCUCUGCUGAGGAUAACGAUAAUUUCACAGAACCUAAAUCUAGUACUACCAGUAACAGUAAUGAUGAUAGCUGUAAUGUAAACAAUUCUAAUGUGAAUGAAAAAAAAACUUUUAAACCUAUUGCUACGUCUCCUAAUAAACUUAGCCAAAAUACUCCAAGAACAUUCAGCAAAAAUUAUGAUAGUUCAGAUGAAUCCAACUCUGACCAUGAUAAGUCUGCAAAAUACAUUAAAUCUCCUCAAGUUAGAAAGCAAUCAAAAGGUGAAAUAUCUAGAAGAACAGUUAGCAGUGACAGCAGUUCAGAUGAUGAUGAAAAAGUUGCAGUUAAAAGUAAAUCUAUGUCUAAAUCACCAAAAAAAAUUAACAGUAUUUCGAGAGACGUCAGUAAAAGCGAUGAUAGCUCUGAUGAUGAUACACGCAAUAACAAACCUGUUCAAUCUAAAAAGGCAACAAAUAGGAGAAUCACAGAUAGAAUUAGAUUUGAACUAGAUGACUCUGAUGCCACAGAUCGUGAUAAAGUUGAUUUAUCAUCUUCUAAAUUAAAACAUUUUCAAGAAACAAAUAGUAAUUUAAGUCCAAUUGUUAAUAAACCUAGAAAUAACUCCAUCAUUACCAGUGAUGAUGAAAUAUGGAUUCUCAAAUGUCCUCGAGAUAUUAAUGUGGGUACUUUAAAAGAUGUUGAGUUUGUGUUGGAUAAGAAAUGUAAAUUUAAGAUUAAUGGUGAAACUUACCAUGGUACUGUUGCAAAUGAUAUAGAAAAGAUUGCAAUAACAUCCUAUGCUGAGACAGGAUUUGUAAUAAAAAAUUUACCACUGAAUGGAGUUGUACACGUGAGAAAAAGGAUUCCAAAAUCACAUGUUCAAGAUGAUAGUAUGUUGAUGCAGAGUCAAAAUCAGUUUAUUCCAUUGCCAGAGACUAAAUGUCGGCAUCCAUUUUUUGGAGCCGAUUAUAAAAAAGCAAUUAAAGUGCCGAAAAGAAUAGCUCAAUAUUUAAAAGCUGAACAGAAUGAAGUACAAUCACCAGAAGAAGAAAUGAGAGAAAGAAAGAAAAAUAAAAAGAGAAUGAGAGAGUCGCUUAAAGAAGAGCCACAAGAGGAAGUAGUUACUGAAGAGGUGAUUCCAGAGAAAAUAAAGAAGGCUAAAAAACGGAAACAUGAUGAUAGUGAUGAAAUUCCCGCCAAAAAGUCAAAGAAAAAGAAGCAUGAAUCAAGUGAAGUUUGGGACUCUGAGAAAGCUAUAGAAGAAAAUCUUUUUAAUUAUUAAAUCAUAUUUUAAUACUUAAUUAUGUACACAAACUACAUAUAAGAUACAGUUUAUUUUAUUUCAUAAUAAUAACUAUACUGUUUCAAA